AAAAAUAUGUGUAUAGACUUAUCGAACAUAAGAUUUGUAAGCACAUAAGAAAAUCAAACCAAAAACUUGAGAAAAACACACAAUGGUUAAUGAAAAAAAGAUAAAUCUUACUAUGAAUAAUAAUUAAUUAAUCAAUUAUCAUAAUACACUUGGAGGUUGGAAUGGUUUCAAGGUAUGGAUAUUAUGAAAGGGCAUUUUGGUAAAUGGGAAAAGUAUGAACAUAAACAUUAGAAUCUUUAGUAAAUGGAACAUUUAACGCAAAUAACGGUCAUAUACUUUCCAUGAGACACGGUGCAAAUGUUGAAGAGAGAGCAAUGUGAUUACACUAAACAUGAUUCUAGCUUCUCCCAUUGGAAGAUUCUUAUUGGUCCUUCUGAUUGGGAAGACUACUCCAAAGGAAAGGAAGGAUCUACAAGAUAUAGAAUCCAUAACCUACCAGAAAAUUCUGGACCUGGAGUCUAUGAGCUCGGAGUAGCUGCAUCGACUAGCGGGUUGGGGCGUGAAAUUUACAAGCUUUCCACUGACUCGUGUCGAGUAGUUGUGGUUUAUCUAGGAAAAGGUGAUAAUGUGAGAACAAGACUCCAAUGUUAUGGUAGAAAUGGUGCUCAUUUGGGUAAUGGUUGUUCUUCAUUUGAAUCUUCUCACCAAAAGGGACACUCAUUGUUUCAUGAAAUCUUUCUUCAAGGUUUCCCAAUUGUUUAUAGAUGGGCUUCUAUGCAGACCAAGGGAGAUGCUUUGCAAACAGAAUCUCAACUGCUGAGUACAUUUGAUUAUGCUUGGAACACAAUUAAUAACGGUCCACGGCGUCCGGGUGAUAUUCUUGAAAUGCUCAACAAAAUUUCUUCAGACACAAGAACAUUUUCAGAUGUAGCCAAAUCACUUCUACCCUUCACUCAAAAGAAAGUAGGGAUACCAAUUAAAUCAAGCAUGUUGCCUGUGAAAGAUAACAAAUCAAACGAAGUCGACAGUGGCAACUACAAUUUCCUAUCUCGCGUGUUCAAAUUCAACCGUUCGCGUCCUAAGAUAGUUCAAGAUAAAGCUGAUUUUUCCGUUGAGAAGAAAGAUAAAAUUUGUGGAGUGAUUUUGGAUGAUGGUUCUAUUUGUACAAAGACGCCGGUCGAGAAAAGAGUUAGGUGUCAUGAACAUAAAGGAAUGAGAAUAAGAACAGCAAAAUCAGAAUCAAAAAGAGGAAAUGCUUGUAGGUACCAAAAUAUUAAACAUGAUGUUGAAGAUCUUCCACAAACAGUGGUUGAGAGUCUUGUUGAUGAGAGUAUCACCAAAACUAUUACAUGUGGAAUUAUUUUGGAAGAUGGAACCACUUGUAGAAGACAACCAGUUAAAGGAAGAAAAAGAUGUCAUGAUCAUAAAGGGAAGAGAAUUCGUGCAUUUGUUCCUAUUAAUUAGAAAUAAUUGAUGAUGAAUAAUGGACAAUUUUUGCCUAGACCACAAAUGUACUUGUUCAAGCUUAUAAUUACACAUAAUCUAUGUAAUACGUAGUUGUUACUCAGGAGAUAAAUAAAAAUGUUGGCAAUUGCUAGUAUAUAGGCAUAGGAAGAAAGAAAAAAAAAUACAAUAUUUUAUAGGUUAAAGUGCACUUUUCCCUCCCUAACUUUCAAAAACUUGCAAUUUUGAUCUCCUAAGUAUCAAAACCACAAUUUAGCCCCCCUAAGAUUUAGCCCCAUUGCAACUUUGGUCCUUUUGACCAAUUUUGACCUAGUCAACGCUGAUUUGGCAUGCCACACGUGU